AUAUGGGGACACGGCGUGCCGAGGUGGCACUCAGACUGGUGAUGGGGAUCCAAACAAGGAGCCUUUUUAUUCCUUUUCAGAAGCUCCUGUAAAACAAUCGGAUAUCAGGACACUGAUGACCCCGAGAACAUCGGUUUGGAGUUAACCUUACAGGAUAGAAAGGAAUUGAAGGUCUCUGCGUUGGACAAACAUAGUAUUGCCAUUUAUUCCUGCGCGCAAGGACGAUUUUCAUCGCAUAAAAGAGACUGAUUGUGUCCGGAGACGCGUGUGCGCUCGGUGCGCAAAAAGACCCUCCAUCACCAGAAGCUUCGUGGAGACGCGGGUGGCUUUAUAAUUGUCGGACAGAAAGAACCACUGAGCUGCAAAUCUCGAGUGAACUCAUUGCAUACUCACCUAACCAAUCAGCUGGAAGGGGAGGAGCCACACUCGAACCAGCCAAUCCAGAAUGAGGGGUGGGGCCAUGGGGGUUUUACAAGUGCUGCUAUUGGCCAGUGUGCUGGAGCUUGCAACUCUGGCAUUCAGUCGUGCACCGGUGCCCAUGGCAGUUGUUCGGCGCGAGCUGUCCUGUGAAAGUUACCCGAUCGAGCUGCGCUGUCCCGGGACGGACGUCAUCAUGAUCGAGAGUGCAAAUUACGGCCGAACAGAUGACAAAAUAUGCGACGCCGACCCCGCUCAGAUGGAGAACACACGCUGUUAUUUACCUGAUGCGUACAAGAUCAUGAGCCAGAGGUGUAAUAACCGGACGCAGUGCGCUGUCGUGGCCGGACCGGAUGCAUUUCCCGACCCCUGUCCCGGGACAUACAAAUACCUGGAAGUGCAGUACGAGUGCGUCCCGUACAAGGUGGAACAGAAAGUUUUCCUGUGCCCAGGGCUCUUACGCGGUGUUUAUCAGAGCGAGCAUCUGUUCGAGUCGGACCACCAGUCGGGAGCUUGGUGCAAAGACCCCCUCCAGGCCUCUGAUAAGAUCUAUUACAUGCCCUGGAUGCCGUAUCGCACGGACACCCUCACCGAAUACUCCAGCAAAGAGGAUUUCAUCGCAGGACGACCCACCACGACCUACAAGCUCCCCCAUCGGGUCGACGGCACCGGGUUCGUCGUCUACGACGGCGCUCUGUUCUUCAACAAGGAGCGAACUAGGAAUAUCGUCAAGUUUGAUUUGCGCACUCGCAUCAAGAGUGGCGAGGCUAUCAUCGCUAGCGCGAACUAUCACGACACUUCGCCGUAUCGCUGGGGAGGCAAGUCGGAUAUCGAUUUGGCGGUGGACGAGAACGGUCUUUGGGUGAUUUACGCCACGGAGCAAAACAACGGACGGAUCGUGAUCAGCCAGCUCAACCCGUAUACGUUACGUGUGGAGGGAACUUGGGAUACGGCCUACGACAAACGCUCCGCUUCCAACGCCUUCAUGAUCUGUGGGAUCCUGUAUGUCGUCAAGACCGUCUACGAAGACGACGAUAGCGAAGCCACCGGGAAUAAAAUCGACUACAUCUACAACACGGAGCUGAGCAAAGACGGCUAUCUGAACAUCCCCUUCCCGAACUCGUACCAGUACAUCACUGCCGCGGAUUACAAUCCCAGAGACAAUCUGCUCUAUGUGUGGAAUAACUACCACGUGGUCAAGUAUUCGCUGGAUUUUGGAGUCCUGGAUAACAGGCAAGAAUCUUCCUCCUCAGGAAACGUUUUAAUGGACACAACAACGACACACACCACGACUCGCCCAGUCACCGUCACCUUGACGACCACCUCCACCACCGUCACCGUGACAACCACCACCACCAGAUCUCCCGCCUCGACGACGGCAGCAGCCCCACGCAGCACCACGACAGACCAGCAGCCGGCGGCUCUUCCCGAGGUCACGGCACGCUCCGACCCGUCCUCCGUCCUGCCCAACAUCGCCGUGGAGUUCUGCAGCCCCGUCACCGACUCCUCCAUCACCUGGCCCAAAACACGCCAGGGCCUCGUCGCCAAGCAGCCCUGCCCACCGGGAACCGUCGGGACGGCUGUGUUCACCUGUCAGGGGCCCGAGGGACUCUGGGACCAGCAGGGGCCCGACCUCAGCAACUGCACCUCCACAUGGGUCAACAUCAUCAACCAGAAGCUGUGUACCUACACCGUCCGGGCCAUGGGUCACCUGAUCGACCUGCUGGACGUCCAGCUCAGGAAUCUCACCCCCGGGGGAAAGGACAGCGCUGCUCGGAGCCUCAACAAGCUGCAGAAAAGGGAGCGUUCGUGUCGAUAUUUUGUCCAGGCGAUGGUGGAGACGGUGAAUAACCUGCUGCAGCCGCAGGCGCGGACGGCGUGGAUGGAGCUCUCGAGUGGAGAUCAGCUGCGCGCCGCCACCAUGCUGCUGGACACCGUCGAGCAGGGCGCUUUCGUGCUCGCAGACAACCUGCUGAAGACCGACGUCGUGCAGGAAAACACCGAAAACAUCCAGCUGGAGGUGGCGAGGAUGAGCACAGACGGAAAUCUUCCCGAUCUGAAGUUUCCACAGACAGGAGGCCAAGGGAACGCCAUCCACCUGUCAGCCAACACCCUCAAACAACACGGCAGAAACGUUGGUUUUGUGUGUUUUUUAAAGGCCAGCAUGAUGCGUCUGAUGUGCAGCUCGACGCCUGCUGAGUUUUUGGGUUUUUCUCCGUCUGGCAGGCGUGGGGUCGCAUGGGACGGAGCCUCAGCCAGUUUCUUCUUCCUCGUCUUCCAGCAGUCAGAGGAGAAUUUCAACCCCAACUGUUCGUUCUGGAGCUACUCGAAGCGCAGUAUGACGGGCUUCUGGUCGACCCAGGACUGCCGGCUGCUGGGAACCAACCGAACGCACACCACCUGCUCCUGCACACACCUCACCAACUUCGCUGUGCUCAUGGCUCACGUGGACGUGAAGAUCGCCUGCGCCGUCUUUGCGGCUCUGCUGCAUUUCUUCUUCCUGUCUGCGUUCACGUGGAUGUUUCUGGAAGGCGUUCAGCUCUACAUCAUGCUGGUCCUGGCCGGAUACGGCAUUCCUGCGCUCAUCGUGGCCGUUUCUGCCGCAGUGGAUUACCGCAGUUAUGGGACAGACAGAGUGUGCUGGUUGCGGUUGGAUACUUAUUUCAUCUGGAGUUUUAUAGGCCCCGCCACACUCAUCAUCAUGCUGAAUGUGAUCUUCCUGGGAAUCGCUCUCUACAAGAUGUUUCACCACACCGCCAUCCUGAAGCCAGAUUCUGGUUGCCUUGACAACAUCAAAUCGUGGGUGAUAGGAGCGAUCGCGCUGCUCUGUCUGCUGGGCCUGACCUGGGCGUUUGGCCUGAUGUACGUUAACGAGAGCACGGUGAUCAUGGCGUACCUCUUCACCAUCUUUAACUCGCUGCAGGGCAUGUUCAUCUUCAUAUUUCACUGCGUCCUGCAGAAGAAGGUGCGUAAAGAGUACGGGAAGUGUCUGCGGACUCACUGCUACAGCGGGAAGAGUGUGGACUCGUCUGUGGGUUCGGUGAAGAGCUCGUCGUCGCGUGGCCUGGGACGAUAUUCCUCUGCGUCGCAGGUUCAUCACCCGCCUUGUAUGACAAACUCCUCACAGUUACAGUAUGAACAAAGCCGAAUCCGCCGCAUGUGGAACGACACGGUGAGGAAGCAGUCCGAGUCUUCGUUCAUGGCUGGAGACAUUAACAGUUCAGCUACACUCAACAGAGGUGCCAUGGCCAAUCACCUCAUCCCAAACUCUCUGCUGCGCGCUCACACCUCUAACAACCCCUAUAACACCUUACUGGGCGAAUUAGCCAUCUAUAACAACCCCACCCUCAGCAUGUACAACGCUCAAGAGCCCUACAGAGAGACAAAGGGAAUCCUGAACAAUGCUCGGGAUACAAGUGCCAUGGAUACUCUACCACUGAAUGGUAACCAUGGCAACAGCUACAGCUUGGCCAGCGCCGAUUACAUGAGCGACUGCGUGCAAAUCAUCGACCGCACGUACAACGUACACAAAGAGACCACGCUGGAGAAACGGAUCCUGAAAGAGCUCACCUCCAACUACCUGCCCACCUACCUGAACAACCACGACCGCACGGCCGAGCACGGACGCAACCUCAUGAACAAGCUGGUGAACGAAGUCAGCAACGGAGGCGGGGUGAAGGACUCGCCCAUGCUGCCGGUCAAUCUCGCGUUGGGUUUGGACGACUCUGCGUCUUUCCCACACGAGGACAGUCUAGGGCUGGAGCUGAUCAGGGGGGAGUCCAACACACCCUUGCUUCCGCCGCCACGCCACGUCCAGCCUCUUCCCUCCACCUUCAGCUCGGCUUCUUCAUCGCGACGGCGCCUUCCGCAAGAAAACAGCGAGAGUUUCUUCCCUCUGCUGACAGAGGAGCAAACGGAAGAGACUCCAUCGCCGCAGAGAGACUCGCUCUACACCAGCAUGCCAACGCUGCCUGACCCCGAACGCUCCGACACGCAUUCGCUGCCCCACGGCGGUGACACACACACGCUCCCCAGAAGCGGCGAGCCGGACGACGUUUACUAUAAGAGCAUGCCCAACUUGGGCUCGCGCAACCAUCUGCACCAGCUGCAUAGCUACUACCAACUGGGCCGCGGCAGCAGCGACGGCUUUAUCGUUCCUCCCAAAGAUGAGCUUUCGCCCGAAGAAACGCCGCAGGAAACCACACACAUGGUAACCAGCCUAUAGAGGGCGCCAAACCCCGUCGCAUUCACACCCGUAACCCAUGACAUCUCGACCUCCGCUGGAUCUUCUACGUUUCCGUACCGUUCAGUUGUCCGCAGUUGUUCAGUUUUGCUUUUCCAUGUCCGCAGAGAAAUGAACUACAGCAACAAACCUUGGGAGGCGAUUUUGUAUUCCGUUCAGGAGAGGAUUAUGGGUACUCUUGCUUGUUGAGGAAUGAAACCUGACAUCCUUUGGAUUCUAUUGGUAGUGCAUUUCUACUUCAAGGGAGAACAGACCCGAAAAUGGAUUUGCUGUGUAAUCUUGCGGGGCAGUGUGAGAUUUUGUGGGUUUUUUACUCUCUGCGACCCUGAAGGAAUACAGAUAACUGCCAAAAAGAUUGUUAGUAGCUCAGCGCGUCUAGUCAACACCAAUCAAGUCUGUGACUCGAAAACUAUUUUAAUACCUUCUGUAUCCAUAUUUGCUUUUUAAAUAUUUUUCUUCUUCUCACGUGGUGAAAAGCAGCACGUUUUGCUGCGACGGAGAACAAUACGAAGAAGGGCGUCUUCACCACACGCUUUCUGUUCUUUGCUGUAUUAAUAACAAAUAUCGAGAAGCGGGGGAAGAACUAAUACCGGAGAAUUCUACAAUAUUUCUAUGUAAAUGUACAGACACUAGUGUUACACAGGAUAGUGCUUAUUCUGUUCCUACGCCCUCCGCUUCUGUAACCAUGGUGAUUUCAGAUCAUUUCCUUUCUCUCCCGAUGGUCUCGUCCUCAACGACAGGUUUUGAUCCCUUGCUCUUUUUUUUAAAUGAUAAAUUUUACAUUCACGUCUUCAUUUCAGUAUGAAUAAUGGCAAGUAGAAAAAAAAUGACAGGACAGACAAAGAAUUCAUAUUUUUCCUCAUUCUCUUUGAUUUAUAGACUCCCGUUUGUAGAUUAAUGAAGAAAGGAAACAUAACGUGGAAAAUAUGUUGGAGUAGAGAUAUGAGACGUAUCGCAGUACAUGAUCAAUGGAGGUCGUUUUCAUUCAGAGAGAGUGAUAGAGAUGCACUUUUGUGAUUUAACUGCAGAGAUCCAGCAUACCUUCUAUUUGCUUUCAUUUUUUUCUGGUGGAGAAUGAAUGGUUAUUUAUUUCACUGAGGAAAAAAGUACAAACUAUUUAGCAAAAUGUCUGGGGGUAAAAUGAAUGCGGCACAUAUUAGAAUUUUUAUCAUUACAAAUAUGAUUUUAUUUAUUCUUUUAUCCGUUUAUUUUUAUUUGUUUUCUCCUGUGGUUGAAUGACCUCUCACUAAUAUUUGUUGUAACAGUGAAACUUGUUUGCCAACAAAUAAAUGACUGACGGAGUGAAGCCGAGAGUUGCUGGCUGUGUGCGUUUUCUGCAACCUGACACGUUUUUUUUAUUUUUAU